AUGGCGUAUAUGUUACCACAUUUACAUAAUGGCUGGCAAGUUGAUCAGGCCAUUCUGUCGGAAGAAGAUAAAGUCGUUGUCAUUCGUUUUGGACACGAUUGGGAUCCGACAUGUAUGAAAAUGGAUGAAGUUUUAUUCAAAGUCGCAGAGAAAAUCAAGAACUUCGCCGUAACCUAUCUAGUCGAUGUUACCGAAACACCCGAUUUUAACAAAAUGUAUGAAUUGUACGAUCCAUGCACUGUCAUGUUCUUCUAUCGUAAUAAGCACAUCAUGAUCGAUCUGGGUACUGGUAAUAACAAUAAAAUCAGCUGGGCUUUAGAGGAUACUCAAGAAUUCAUUGAUAUUGUUGAAACUGUCUAUCGUGGCGCUCGCAAAGGUCGUGGUUUAGUUAUAUCGCCAAAGGAUUAUUCCACGAAAUAUCGCUAUUAA